AAAACAUAUUGAAUAACAUUUACAUUGGAUCAAAAUAAAUUUAAUCCAAUGAUAAACAUGCUGAACUAAAACUGCAAACAUUCUCAGUUUUCCAUUGGUCGAAUGUUUUCCCGCAAGUGGAUUUUACUUUGCGUGCAAUUGCGGGCCCUGUAAUUUCCGCGCAAAUCCACACAAUUGCGCACCAGGUACGAGAACAGCUGCGCGCAAUGUAUGAGAACAGCUGCGCGCAAUUCUGCGCAACGGAAUUCCGAUUGGAAACCCUAAUUGGUUGUAUUUGAAGUACUCUGGAGUCACCUGAGGAGAGAAUAAAGUUUAUUUACAAGCAUGAAGGCUAUUGGCCUUUAUUACAGGGAAUAAGAAGAGGGGGAGAAGGCGGAGGUGGAGGGAAGGGUGAGAAGGACCCCGUUCUUAGCAAGCAUAUGAGAGACGCAGGGAAUUCGGCCUUCUCCCUUCAAAACGAUGAAGAGGCGCUAGAGUGCUAUAACCAGGCGCUACUGGUAGCACCAGCUGAUCCAUGGGAUGGACAAGGGGAGGAUAUGGCUCUAGCUUUAGCAAACAGGAGUGCACUAUUCUUCAGACAGGGUAAUUCUCAACAAUGCCUAAAGGACACUCAGUUAGCUCUGAAGUCUGGUUAUCCUGUACACCUGCAGUACAAGUUACUGCAGAGGCACGCUAAAUGUUUAUGUGAAUUAGGAAUGUUUACUGAAGCAAAAUCAUUUUUUUCCGAAGCACUUAGUUCUCUUGGUAAAUCAAAGCUAGGGAAGGUACAGUUGUAACAAAUUCAAGAAAACACGAAGACGAUUACUACUGUGUAGCGAAGUUGACCGCGGAAGAUUCACAAUACUAUAAUACUAUAUCCGCUCCAAAUGUGUCUCCUCAUGUUCCCCCCCCCCCUUACCGCCUCUACUUGUGGGGAACAGCGUCAGUUAGCUUUAGAAUGUCGAGAUGUGAACACCUCUGAUCAGGAACUACUAACUCCUUCAUCCUGCCGCCGAUGUCUACUCUAGCAACAAAUGCUGCUAAUGUCUAAGCCUCCAGAUGUCCAAAUCCACAAAGCAGUCGCAUGUCCAGGGGUUGAGAGGCAAUCAGUUCCUCCCUACACAUGUUACAGACUGCAAACCCUCAAGGACCCUAGCCUAGAUGUGAACCCUUUGCUGCCAAGAUGCUGACACCUGUGAGCUGACCAUCAUGAAGCUCCAACUGUUCCAUUCCUUUCA